GCAUACCAGAGACAAAAAACCGACCAGACACUGAGCUGCAACCAACAGGACCACAAACAGACUGAGGGACUUCUGCCAUCAGAUACUCAUGGAGGAGAAACUGAUUCCUAGGAUGUGUACAUAGUUAUAAGGAUCCUUUCACAAUUUUAGUUUUCCGCUGAAGAAGAAGGGGGUGGUGCAUGUGAGCAAGGGAUCCUAUUACAGAGAUCCAGACUUUUUCAAGUUUUUUUCUUUAAGUGGGGGUAGGGCGAAGCAACAUUUUCUUUUUGCUUUUCUUCCUAAACCCAUCCAGCAAAUACUUAGUACAAUUUGGAAUACGUCAUUCGCUACUUUUAUUUCAUUCAAGAAUCCUUUUUGGGACUGUUGGAGACGAACAAUGAGGAGAUUUAGGACGAGUCUGUGGCACACGGACAGAAAGUGCAGAGCCAAAAAGUUUGAGAGGACUGCAAGAAAACUUUUAAAAAAAAAAAAAAACGCCCUGCAGCUUUUCUGCACCAUGGAAACUUAUGAAUCAGAUGUAGAAACCAUCCUUCACCAGAGUAGCAUGCAGUUUGAUUGCUGAAGCCUCAAGAGUUUUCAAAUCUGUUGGAUUUUUCCUCAGGUCCCUCUCAAGAUGUCUUCCCAGGGUCGAAGCCCCAUUGUUGGGAUGCUUUGGGUCUGGGCUGCCUGGCUGUCGGGUUGCGGGGCAGUGUUGGCCCCCAAUGGGACUAUGUUCGAAGACCACUGCAAGAAAACCACAACUUGUGAGGCACUUAAAUAUAACACAUGUUUGGGAUCACCUUUACCCUACACCCAUACAUCUCUGAUCCUGGCUGAGGACUCCAGCAGCCAAGAGGAGGCUUUUGAGAAGCUGACCAUGUGGUCUGGAUUGCGCAACGCCCCACGCUGUUGGUCGGUCAUCCAACCACUGCUCUGUGCUAUAUACAUGCCAAAAUGCGAAAAUGGUCGAGUGGAGCUGCCCAGCAAGACCCUAUGUUUGGCCACACGUCGUCCAUGCAGCAUUGUGGAUCGGGAGAGAGGAUGGCCCAAUUUCCUGAAAUGUGACAAAUUCCCUGUGGGCUGUUCGAAUGAGGUGCAGAAGCUGAAGUUCAACACGUCAGGCCAGUGUGAAGCUCCUCUGGUGAAGACUGACAUUCAGUCGAGUUGGUACAAGGAUGUAGAAGGUUGUGGUAUCCAGUGUGACAACCCCUUGUUCACUGAAGAGGAGCACAACGAUAUGCAUGCCUACAUUGCUUACUUUGGCACAGUCACCCUCCUCUGCACCUUUUUCACUCUGGCCACAUUUCUUGCUGACUGGAAAAACUCAAAUCGCUACCCGGCCGUCAUUCUCUUCUACAUCAAUGCCUGCUUCUUUGUGGGCAGCAUUGGCUGGCUGGCCCAGUUUCUGGACGGAGCACGCAAAGAAAUCGUGUGCAAGAGUGACAACACCAUGCGGCUCGGGGAGCCCUCGUCUUCAGAAACGCUGUCUUGCGUCACCAUCUUCAUCAUUGUCUACUACUCCCUGAUGUCAGGUGUGAUUUGGUUCGUCAUGCUUACCUAUGCCUGGCACACCUCCUUCAAGGCUCUGGGUACAACUCACCAGCCACUGUCAGGACGAACCUCCUACUUUCACAUGGUGACCUGGUCCAUACCCUUUGUCCUCACUGUUGCCAUCCUUGCUAUAGCUGAGGUGGACGGAGACUCUGUGAGCGGGAUCUGUUUUGUUGGUUACAAGAACUACCACUACCGGGCUGGGUUUGUUCUAGCGCCUAUCGGAGUGGUGCUUGUUGUUGGUGGCUACUUCCUCAUUCGGGGUGUCAUGACCUUAUUUUCCAUCAAGAGUAACCACCCGGGACUGCUGAGUGAGAAAGCAGCCAGCAAAAUCAACGAGACAAUGCUGAGACUAGGUAUAUUUGGAUUCCUUGCAUUUGGCUUUGUUUUCAUCACAUUUGGAUGCCACUUUUAUGACUUCUUCAAUCAGGCAGAAUGGGAGAGAAGCUUCAGAGAAUAUGUGCUAUGUGAAGCCAACGUGACAAUCGCUUCUCAAACCAACAAGCCUAUCCCAGAAUGCACCAUUAAAAACCGUCCCAGCUUGAUGGUGGAGAAGAUCAACCUGUUCUCCAUGUUCGGCACAGGAAUCGCUAUGAGCACCUGGGUCUGGACCAAAGCCACCUUCCUCAUCUGGAAACGCACUUGGUUCAAAAUCAUUGGUCGGAGUGACAACGAACCCAAGAGGAUAAAGAAGAGCAAGAUGAUUGCUAAGGCAUUCGCAAUGAGAAAGGAGCUCCACAAGGACCAGGAGAAGGAGCUGUCCUUCAGCAUGCAUACUGUUUCACAUGAAGGGCCAGUGGCUGGGAUCAAUUUUGACCUGAACGAGCCAUCCAAUGAUGUUUCAUCAGCAUGGGCGAUGCAUGUGACCAAGAUGGUCGCCAGACGGGGAGCCAUACUGCCUCAGGACAUCUCUGUGACUCCCACUGGGACACCAGUGCCCCCUCCAGAUGAAAGGAACAAGUUAUGGAUGGUGGAGGCAGAGAUAUCACCUGAGAUGAUAAAGAGGAAAAAGAAGAAGAAAAGAAGGAAGGAAGGGCGUAAGCCUGAGGAGGUGGUAGAAAACCAGAUUCACCCUCAGCGAGAGUUUGGCCGGAGCUCAGUUCCCCGCCUUCCUAAACUUCCCUGUCACCCAAGCCUGGUGGCCAAUCUGCGCCAACAGCAGAGGCAGCAGACAUUAGAGCAGGAGGUCCUACCAGGUUCUUUACCAGAUUUUGAACCCUGCGAGGAAAAGUGUCCUUACUUGCAGUGCCAGAGCAGCAGAAACAGUUAUCUGAUGCCCCAUGCUGAUUUUCCGGAAAAUCUGGGCCUCAGGCCUCGUUGUCACCCUUUGACUUCAAACUGGCAGCCUGGUGGAUCAUCAAUGUACUCCAGAGAGCUGGGUCACACUGACGGGCUGUCAGAGAGAAUGGCUCAUGUGGCCCGGGUACCGGCGGGCCGCAGGGCUGGCUAUGGACCCAUUCACUCCAGGACCAAUUUAAUGGAGGCGGAGCUUAUGGAUGCUGACUCUGACUUUUAAAACUGCAGAGUCAACAUAAAAACUGGUAACUGCUGGUAACUUUAAGAGAUUCUUACCGAAGUGGACCAGAUCCAACAUCAUCAAGAUCCUAAAUGUGUGGUCAGUUUUAAGCUUCUGUUAUUUACAUUAUAUGAGUGUGUCUGAAUGAGUGUGCUUGAAAAAAUAUAUGGGGAAACAAAAGAGAGAAAUAAACCUCUGUAAAUAUCUUUAGAAAAUAUUAGUUUUUAUACUGUACUCUGUACAAUGUACUCAGUCUUUUAUGAAAUUCGAAAGCAACUAUGUGACAAAAAAACAGAUCAGGCAGCUAAACUAUUCAUGUCUUGUAAACAUGGGCUGAUUUGAGAUUCUCAUAGUGUGAUAACAUUGAGUAAAAUUUCUGUAGUUUUAUGGUAUUUAGGCAAAAGUUUAAAGCAAGCAUGUAUAAUGUGAUCUUAUUGCUGUUAUUUCAUACUCAAAAGCAACAAUUAUUCUCACUCCUCCCAAAAUAAUCUAAUAUAGCAAACAAUAAAGUCCAUAAGAAUAAUAAUGUAUGUUAUAAAGAUGCAACAAUCAAUCGGCCAGAGUUCGGAGCAAGUUAAUUUUUCCUUGAUCAGCUCUGACUGAUGAUGGGCAUGUCAGAUUCCUAAGGAUCAGAUUUUGUUUUUUAGCGUAUUUGUUAAAUGAUUAAAAACUAAAGCAGCAGUUACAUUUGAAGAAUAACAAGUUGAUAUAAGCUGGUUUGCAACUGAAGUUUUAUGACCUUAAAAAAGGUCUCGUUAUUGAGGGGAACAAUUGAGUUUACAUAUUAUAACUUUCAAUUUUUUUAAUUAUUUAAAACGGCCACGUUUGUAUAUUUUUAAAAGCAGCAGAACUUGGUUGAAGCCUCUUUUCAGCCAGCUGGCCAUCAGUGCCCUGCAACAGGUGAGGGUGGAGCGUCACUCUUCGUUAUAUAGAGCCAGAGAAAAUUCCAGCUACUUGGUCACUUUCUCUAGAAUCUAAUUAAAAAAACUUUUAAAACCCUAACGAGGGUAUGAUGAAAGAUUUUACAUAGCUUUUUUAAACUUUUGCAUAUCCUUAUACCUGUAGGCAGCCCAUGCCUGCAUCAAAGAGCGUAAUGUUUAUUCCAGCAGCCCAGCCCAUUGAUCAGCGAUUUCUAGAAACAAUAACACAGUGGUGUCCCUGUUAAAGGUGAUUUUAUUUUCCAGGUAAUUCUGUCAAACUCUUUGAAUGAGACUUGUAUUGAUACUGCUUUUCUCUAAGGAGAUAAAAAUUCUAAAUGAGCUAACUUGAUGUUUUAACUCUUAGUUUCUAGCAUUACCAAUAUUAAAGACAUAAUUACUAAUUAGUUGGACAUGUAACAGAAUAAAACCUCAAGUUUCACACUUCAUUGAUUUACUUCAUUUUUACAGAGAAUCCCUUCAUGUUCCAUGAUAUCCUUACUUUUAGUGCUGUAUUGUUUAUUGAUUUUCUUUUGUAACCGCAACGGUCUUUCAUGUCUGUUUUGUUGCCUGGUGCAACAAUGCAUCUAUGUUUUUUGCAUUUUUUGGAUUUCCUUCUUAGUUUUCAUUUUUCUGUUUUGUACAUUAAAAAAAAUAUAUUUCUACUGUUGUAUAUAUUGUUUAAAGUGCUCUCUGGAUAUUCUUGUCCUCUUCUGUCAAGUGUUCUCAUCUGCAUCGCAGAUGCUUUAAAAGGUCAGUUUCUCUGCAGAAUAUUUCCUUGUUUCUCUGUUUAAAUUAAGGUGCUGUUUGUAUUUGUUACACAGCUCUGCAAGUGUAGUUUUUAUGUGCUGUAGAGUUGAUGAUAAAAUGGAUGAGUUGGCUGUUUUUUUUUUUUUCUUUCAAAUAAAUCUUCCACUGUUUUUUGUGCUUUAACCAAAACAAAGUGGCGAGGUGUGAGUUUGUGUAUUUAGCAAAAUCGUGUAAGAUUUAUUUCAGCUAUUUGCUACUACACUUUUAAAAACUGAAAGGUGGCAUAGCUCAUGUUCAGGAAAUAUUCAAACUUUAAGAUUUUAAUGUCCUGAAAAGUAAAUACUUCUGCUUGUGUAUUCUGUGAACAGAUUUGCAGCAUUAUUGUAUAGAGAACAAUACUGUCACUUAACUGUGCAGCUAUGCUUGCUUUGUUUUUAUAUAAAAAUAAAGUAAAAGUAAUACCACUGAAA